GGAAACACAAAUCAGGUAAAAUGAGCAGAUGAACAGAUUAUCAUUCAGUGCAACUAAUAACACUAACUAGCAUAUUUCACCUUAGCUGGGUGAGGCUACAGCUAAUACACUGUAUAAAUUAGUUGACAAGCAUUGUUUUUAUUGUAUUGUUUUCAUUACAUUGUAUUUUACUAUGAAGUAUUUUUUGCCAUUUGUCUGUGAAAGAUGCUUUAUAAAUUAACUUGACAAUUUUUUUCUUACCGGAUAAGAAAGUAAAGAUAGGAAAAUAACUAAAAUAAAAAUACUAAAAUAAUAAUGAUUUUUCAGUUAACUACAAUUGUUUGAUUUUAAUGAUAAAAUGCCAACAGCGAGGUUAAACUUUCCGUUGUUCUUCAGUCUGUAGCGUCUGUUUUUGUAAGACCACUCUAUCUUAAUAAACAAGGUGUUCAACAUCAGCAGGAGAACAAAAAUCGUGACAUUUGUUUCUUCUUCUUUAGUGCUUUGAUUUGAGCACACAGGAGUUUCUUUCCCAGCAGCAUUUUAUAUGAUUCAAGGUGAGAAGUGAACACAAAAACCACGAGGACUUAAAGAACACUGGACUCCUGAUGGAUUUUAGCAGCUCAGCUCAGAGGACCAGUUUAGUUUCCAGGAAUCAACAAAACAAGUGUGUGUAAAGUUUUACUUAUACAAGAGACAGAUUGGUCUGUCUUCAAGGGGCUUUAACUUCAGCGGUGCUGGCAUACUACAGAGAAUCUGGAUUAUUAUGUGCCAGCUUGGAAGGACAAAGUGCACCUUCCUGUUGUGCCUUGGGAUGAGUAUUAUUACAUGUUCAUUAAUUUAUCUGAAGACUAGAACGCCAACUGAACAAAACAGUCUACCAACUCCAAGCUGCAGACCSUUCUCCACCCAGUGUAGACCUUUUCUGUCUGGUACAGAGAACAAAGGAUUAUGGUAUCAGCUUGACUGCCAGGUCAAGAGCUAUAUCSUCAAUAGUUAUCUGCAGUGUUCACAGCUGAUAAGAGACUUGCACUUUAUCAGCAGACCCCUAAGUCGCGAAGAGGAGGUCUACCCUUUAGCUUUCAUUAUCACUAUUCACAAAGACCUGGAGCUUUUUGUUCGCAUGUUGCGAGCCAUUUACAUGCCACAAAACGUUUACUGUAUACACGUUGACGCAAAAGCUCCACUGGAGUACCAGGUGGCCAUACAAAAGCUUGUCAGAUGCUUUCCAAAUGUGUUCCUCUCCAGCCGCAGCGAGACAGUGACAUAUGCUGGGUUUUCCCGCUUGCAAGCUGAUUUGAACUGCAUGAAGGAUCUAUCGAAGUCAAAGACAGCUUGGAAGAAAGUGGUAAACUUAUGUGGACAGGAUUUCCCCGUCAAGAGCAAUCUGGAGCUGGUGCAAUACUUGAAGAGCAAACAGUGGAAAGACAAAAACAUGACACCAGGGAUCAAACAGCCUUGGACCAUGAGGUAUAGGACACAAUUCCAGUAUGAAGAAAUCAAAGGGUCACAUAUGACUUUAAAACGCCCACGACUGAGAAAAGGUCCUCCUCCUCAUAAUCUACAAAUUUACUUUGGAACAGCAUACUAUGCUCUAACGAGGGCUUUUGUGGACUUUGUUCUGAAGGACCCAAUAGCUCACAACCUCUUGGAAUGGUCCAAAGACACAUUCAGUCCAGAUGAACACUACUGGGUGACGCUCAAUCACAUAAAAGAAGCUCCUGGCAGUCGGAUUGAUGGAGAUUGGGAAGGAGCUAUCCGGGCAAUCAAGUGGAGAGACCAGGAGGGAAAAAUGCAUGAUGGUUGCAAAGGCCAUUAUGUACGAAACAUCUGUAUCUACGGACUGGAAGAUCUCCCAUGGAUCAUCAGCAGUGGCAGCAUGUUUGCCAAUAAGUUUGAGAGCAAUACCUAUCCCGAAGCUUUAGACUGUCUGGAACAGUGGCACAGAAACAAAGUGCUGAACCAGGCAUCUGUUCCUGAAGAAGCAUCAUGGCUGAUAGCUGCACAAUAUACAGCGAGCAGCAGUGAUAGUGGUUUCAGCAACAGCAGUGCUGGACACUGAAAUCACUGUUAUGGUAGGUUAUUGGAAUAGUCAGAGGACUGCACUGUCCAAUUGCAAACAUGUUUAUCUAUUUUUCUUUUUCAAGAAUUUAUACUCUGGUUGUAUAUGUAUUUAACAUAAGAUAUUUAAAAAUAAUAGGUUAAUUAUUUAAUUCUGUAGGAUGCUCAGUUUCUAAAUAUACUAUAUACUGUAUAUUUACCACAUGUUUAGGACAGUACAACACUGAUUUAAAAAUGGAAAAAAAUGUUAACAAUAAAGACAUUUUUGCCCUUUGUUUUUACUUCUGUCCUCAUGUAAUAUUGUGCUUUGUAACUUGUUUCUCUUUGUUUUCAAUAAAAAAAUUAACAACAGUGAAUGUAGAAUAAAUUGCAGUGGCGGGCUGUACAUUUUACACCUAGGCCAAUGGGGGGAACUGACACGCGGAGAUGCAGGGGGUGGUGGGUGCGGCUGUCAGCUGCGGAGAUGCAGUGAUAACAGAGUCUGCAGCGGCAGUAGGAGCAAGGAGGGCAAAAUGAAGCCAGGCUGCCAAAUCUGACACUUCAUGAAUUUGAAGCAAACUUUUAGAAAAAGAUUGUCCUGUAGGACUGUAUGCGGAAUUGMGGAAAAUCUGUAUAAUUUACAGAGAAUCUGUACAACUUGACAUGAUGUCACGGCUGCAAAAACUACCAAUAAUACACAGAAAAGAAGAGUAUAUGCUGUUACACCACAGACAGGUGUCUCAGUUGAACCACAGACAAGGGAUCAGAAUACAAAUCAUUACUGAAGUGACACAUUUAACAAGUUUUCUCCAAGUGCAGCGACAGCUGUGCCACAUACAUUUAAACACAGCAUCUUUUUUUUCCUGCUUGGCCUUCAGAGGAGUUGGACGCUUUUUGCUCUC